AGCUGGAGCUUGAAGGUGACUUCCUGUAGACCUAUUUACAGGAGGAAAAUCUUUGUGAAACAGAGAGAAAGCUGUGCAGCUCACCCACCUACAUCCUACCGGAGGCUGCAGGAAAAAACAGAAAAGAUGGCCCAAAGAUCCGGCAUUCCUUCGAUGCUUCUGGCAUUAUGCUGCCUGACGUCUGCAGGGCCAGUGUCGCGCGUUCCGUGUGAGCUGCUGCCGGUCGGGGCAGGUCACCCGGUGCAAGCCGUGGUGCAGAGCUACGCUAUCCUGUCAGGCUGUGCAACUAACGGCACCAUGAGCCUGCCUGAGGAGGUGCACGUCAUCAACCUGAGAAGACAUGCCGCCGGGGGCCCAGACAGCGCUCCAGCAAGAGUUGAGCUGCAUCUCAGGCCCGUCCACUCCAUACGCCCGCACCAAAAGCCUUUAGUCUUUGUGCUGAACUCCCCCCAACCGGUGGUGUGGAAUGUGAAGGCGGAGAACCUGGCCACGUUCAACCGACAUACCUUUCAUGUACCACGGGGCUCAGAGGUUCGCUCUAAGCAGGCAAACUUCUCCUUCGACACAGAGAUCCAGGAGAGCCUCCCUGAAGGCAACGAGCACCUCCUCCGCUGGGCUAGGAGGAAAUACGGGGCCGUCACCUCUUUCACCGAACUCAGGAUCACACAAGACAUCCACAUCAAAGUUGGAGAAGGUGAGGUCUCCAAACGCAGCUCGGUCAUGUUGCUUUUUAUUUUUAUUUUUAAGGAGAACCAGUGAAACUUAACGUUUUAU